CCGGGGCUGCGAGUGCCUCAAUUAGGGCUUCCGACAUGGAGAAGCUGAGCUUGGAGCAGCUAAGAUCCCUCAAGGAGCAGUCCGAUCUCGAGGUCAAUCUCCUUCAGGACAGCCUCACCAAGAUUCGCACCGCCGCUGGGCGGCUCGAGGUCGCCGCCGCCGCCCUCCACGAUCUGUCCUUCCGACCUCAAGGGAAGAAGUUGCUGGUCCCACUCACGGCGUCUCUUUACGUUCCCGGUACGCUCGAUGAUUCCGAGAAGGUUCUCGUCGACGUUGGAACCGGAUACUUCAUCGAGAAGACCAUGGCUGAAGGAAAAGACUAUUGUGAGAGAAAACUUUCCUUACUGAAGUCAAAUCAUGAUGAACUCACGGACAUGGCUACUAAGAAGAAACACAUAGCAGAUGAAGCUGGUAUAGUAUUACAAGGAAAACUCAGGCAGACAUCCACAAGUACAUAACUUAAGAUUGUUUGAACAAUUUUCAUUGUGAAGACUGUUACGAGGCUGCACCUUCAUUUAUGAUGCAUUUCACUAGCUUUGGGAAAAUGUUUCGGGUGUUCUUCUAGAGUGAAGUACCAAAGACUUCAAAUUUGUACUCUACAGUGUCGUGUUUUCUCCUCGGUUCAAGACACCCUUUGCAAGAAAUAUUUUAUCAACUGUUGAUACUGCAUUUCCUAUCUAA